GCGCUACCUCUGUUCGGCAGACAUUUUUCAUCUUGAGUCGUUUUCCCAGCUUUCAACAAAUCUCGUCGAAAAAUUGCCAUGUUGUCCUCUAGGUUGUCUCAGGUCGCCAGAACCUUUACGACCUCUGCCAUCAGGCGAGGUGGAGACCAUCAUGUGACCCUUCCCGGAGACAACCUGCCAUUCCAAAUCAAGAACAGGUACAGGCUGACCGCCCUUUUCAUCGUUUUCUUCGGCAGUGGCUUGGCUGCUCCCUUCUUGAUCCUGCGUCACCAGCUCCUGAAGAAGUAGAAUGCCUUUUGUUUCCUAGCUGUUAUAGAAGUGUACAGAUUAUGUAUCUAAGGACAAAAAAAUAAUAAACCCAGUGGUGCGUUAUCAACAAA